ACGUACCGCUCACCAGCAAGUUCAUCAGUAAAUCAUGGCCCUUACAGGAAACAGAGAGGCAAGAAUCAUCCGACAUUCUUGAGGAACUGAGGAUGCAGGGAAUAAUCCAGAGUCAAAGUACCACUGCCAGGACUGGAGAAGUGUAUGAAAACAAGAGAGGCGCCCUGGAAAAGACACUGAAGAAGCCACCAGCUAGGCUGGAAAAAAUUCAGUUUGGAAACAAGGAAGUGUGUGAUUUUACAAUGAAGGACAUGAAGACUUCUGCUGAAGCAAAAAACCAGGCUAGGGAAGAGGAACUGAACAAGAUGCCACAAGACAUCACAUUUUUUCCAGCAACUGCCCACCACACUAUAGAAACUGAAAAGGACUGCCCAAGUUUCAAAAGUCAAGGAGGUAGCCAGCCCUCACCUUUAGGCGGUGAGCCAGGGGUACUGCUGAAGGAAAUAACUGCAGUAGAAGCCACAAACAAUUAUACUGAGGACUCCGCCAUUGAGUCUGAAACUUACAUCUCCAUCGAUGAAACAAUCUGGAUGUGA